AUGUCUGUACCCCAGACUAUUUCUAGCGCCUCGCUUCCCUUUCGUGUCCCUCGUCCAGGGGUACUGCACUACUACAUUGUACAACAGAACGCCUUUAAUGUAACGAAAAAGUCUUCUGUUGCACUUCUAUGUGCGUGGGUACACUGCAUGAAGAUUGUACAAAGGUGGAUAGAGAACGGGGAUGUUUCAGUGGUUUAUGUUCGUAGGGUGGGUCUUGAAGGAUGCAGGGUUGUACGACGAGUUUGUGAUCGGGCUGGUGAAAAUGCGGUUGUGAAGUACAAACUUUUGAGAUGGAGGAAGAGUAUUGCGUGCUUGUGUUCGGGCGGGUAG